GCUCGCGUGCACCACUAUUUCGUAAUACUUACUUACGAACGUACACAGACUCACCGUGUCUCGCGCUUAAAGCUAUAAAGCUCUCGCGUGUACGGAUGCGGAUUAAUGCCUCUCUUUGCCUAGCUCUGUGUGCAGUGUCAUUUUGGGAGUGUGUGUUCUUUGUUAAAAACCAAAGCUCCAGUGCUGUGACCUUUUCCUCAACUUUCUUGCCGCUAAUCGCAUUUGAGAGAAUAAAAAAAAUACGAUGAAGUAAUAUAUUAACCCGAGUGUGCUGUGUGCGCUAAUGCAAGACUCUGUAGUAUAAUUCAGUUCUGUGUGUGAGUGUGUGCUCUGGCGACGAAUGUGUUUGCUCAGCGGAGAAUUAUAUACGAUGACGAUGGUGAUGAUGAUGCUUUGAGAAAUAUAUAUGUUGAGUGAGAACGCAGUGCGUUGUCGUCUUCGUUGUCUUCUUUUUCUUCCUGAAAAAAAGUUAUUUAUCAGUGCGCGCGAGCUGCGACGAAAAUAGAUGCGUUGCAGCUAGUUUAUGUAGUGCGCUCUGUGAGAAAACAAAACGCAUCUCUCGGUGCAAGUGAGUGCUAACAAAGAUAUAUCAUCGUCAUAGUGUCGUUAAGUUCGCAAAAAAAUUAGAGGAAAAGAAGGAAAGAAGGAAAACAACAGAUAUACAGCCAACGAAACUGCCAUCGAAGCAGGCAAGCGACGUUAUUACAGGCAGAAUCGGGAGCAGAGCUGGAGCCUGCUGCCGCGGCGCCGCCGGUCAAAGUGCAGCAGCAGCAGCGCAGAGCUCGGGAUCGUCCUUGCCCGAGCAGCAGCAGGACACCGACGAUGUCUCCUUAUCGGCGACCAACUGGAUGUAUAAAUUGUUCGGAGACGUUGGCGGUAUCUCGCUGGACGGGGUGGACUGUUACGACAAUGGCGAGGCAGCAGCAGCAGCCGCAGCAGGAUCGAUGUUAUCCAGCCAAAAGACUUGCCAGGGUCAUCAUCAUCAGCAGCAACAAAUACAACAGCCACAGAACGAAUCGCCGCAGCAGGCGCCAACGUCGUCGAUCUGCGACACGAGUGGCAUAAUCGGCUGCUCGCCGGGCGUCGCCGCAGGUAUGGUCGCACAGGAUGACCAUCAUCAUCAAGCUCAGGCUCAUCAUCAUCAUCAUCAGCAUCGUCAGCUAUACAACGAGCAUCACCAACAGAUGUUGCAGCAGCAACAGCAGCAGCUGCGACACCAUCGCCACCACCAUCACCACGAGGAACUGUUGUCGCUCGACGAGCUGAGGCCCGGAGACGAUUACGGCCAAGAUGACGCUUACUCGCAUCAGCAUCAACAGUCCCAGCAACAAGCGCAGCCACGGCAUCAUCAACAUCAACAGCAACAGAGGCAUCACGAGAAUUACUAUACUCUGGCAUCGAUGCAAGAGAGUGCGUGCUCGACGGUGUACUUUGGCGAGCUCGAAUCCCAGGCGACGACCACGGUCGUCCCUCUUCAGCAGCAGCCACAACCACAGGCGGUCGACGAUCGAGCGACAAUCAUCGGCGGCCACUCGUCGACUGAAAAUUCUCCACGGGAGCAGCAAGGCCAGCAGCAACGGUACAUGGUCCAAACGACAUCGGCCGCGGUUAUGAUAAGCGAGCAGCAACAACAACAUCAACAACAACAGCAGCAGCAGGCACAAACGGGAUCGGGAUCAGGAUCGGAGUCGGCGGCGGCAUCGGCAACGGGCGCAAGCACGGCCACGACGAAGCACACCAACAACGGCUCGUCGUCUCGGACAGCGGCGUUGUCGGCUGGGGGUGGCGAUGGUGGUGGUGCCGAGCGUCACUGUCAUCAUUACCAUCAUCAUUAUCACCAUCAUCAUCGCAGCGGUCGCAGCCACGACUCGAGCAGCAACAACGCCGACAACAACAACUCGCAGCCGGACGACGGGACGCCGACGGGGACGGGUUUAUUGCUCGACGAUGGGAGCGCCGAUCAGCAUCAUCACCCCAAGAAGCGAAAAAUCUUCUCCAACAACGACAGCGAUCACCUCGUGGUCGACAGCAGCGAACUGGCUGGCGGUGGUGGUGGCGGCGGCAACAACAACGACGACGCCAAGUCCUGCCGUUCGAACGACGACAGCAAGAAGCAGAAUCACAGCGAGAUCGAGAAGCGCCGCAGAGACAAGAUGAACACCUACAUCACGGAGCUGUCGGCCAUGGUGCCCAUGUGUCACGCGAUGUCGCGCAAGCUCGACAAGCUGACGGUGCUGCGCAUGGCGGUGCAGCAUCUCAAGACGAUACUGGGCGCCGUGACCUCGUACACCGAGGGACACUACAAGCCGGCCUUCCUCAGCGAUCAGGAGCUCAAGACCCUCAUACUCCAGGCAGCAGAAGGCUUCGUCUUCGUCGUCGGCUGCGAUCGCGGCAGGAUCCUCUACGUGUCCAAGUCGGUCUCGCAGACACUCAAUUACUCACAGGGCGACCUUCUGGGCACUAGCUGGUUCGACAUACUCCAUCCGAAGGACGUGGCCAAAGUCAAAGAGCAGCUGUCCUCGUCGGAUCUCAGUCCGCGCGAGAGAUUGAUCGACGCCAAAACAAUGCUACCGGUCAAGACGGACGUGCCUCAGGGUGUAUCUCGCCUCUGUCCGGGCGCUCGUCGAUCCUUCUUCUGCCGGAUGAAGCGAAAAGUCGAUUGUCGCGGUGGCAGCGGAGGAGGAGGCGGCGGCGGCGGCACCGUUGGCUCGGGCGGCGUUGGCGAAACGCAGAUCAAGGAGGAAAUCGACACCAGCAGCGGCUGUCACAGGAGAAAAAAGCAGCAGAAUCACGACUGGAAAUACUGCGUGAUACAGUGCACGGGCUACCUCAAGUCCUGGGCCCCGGCCAAGAUCGGCCUCGAGGAGCAGGAACCCGAGGCGGACGGCGAGGCCUGCAAUCUGUCCUGCCUGGUGGCCGUGGGUCGGGUGCAGCAGGCGCCCCUGGCCGCCGUGACGCCAGCAGCAGCCGCAGCAGUGCCAGCACUGGCACCGGUACCCGUGCCACCGCCGCUACCACCACCACCACCAGCAGCGACGACGACUCCCGCGCUAUCCUCGAGCGCGACGCCGUUGACGACGGCGGCGGCGGCCGCGUCGAUAGCAUCGGGCCGGCUACGUCUGCGCACCGUCGAGUUCGUCUCGCGCCACGCCAUGGACGGCAAGUUCAUCUUCGUGGAUCAGCGCGCCACAUUGCUGCUGGGCUUUUUGCAACAGGAGCUCUUGGGCACGAGCAUGUACGAGUACUAUCAUCACGACGACAUACCGCACCUGGCGGAAUCGCACAAGGCCGCUUUGCAGUCGUCGAAGCGAGUGGUGACCCAGGUCUAUCGGUUUCGUAGCAAGGCGGCGAGUUUCGUGAGGCUGCAGUCGGAGUGGAAGUCUUUUAAAAAUCCGUGGACCAAAGACAUCGAGUAUCUGAUUGCCAAAAAUUCAGCGGUGCUAUCGGAUUCGCGUCAGGUGGGCAGCAAUCGAUCCGAGGGCGGCAGCGUUCAAGAAAAUUACGACUAUUUCGCUCAAAGUACGUAUUCAAUCCUCCUCUUUUGCCUCAUUAACAUUACCAUCUUCUUCUCGCUCAAACGUACUUACAUUCGUGUAGGAUCACAGUACGCCUCGGCCUGAGUAUAAUGAUAGUAAAAUUUGGCCAAAAGAAAACCAUUAUUUAUUUUAUUAUUUAUUUUUCACAACAGAUUACUAUGACGCAUUAUUCGAUGCUCUGUUUGCGUUUAAUAACUAAAAUAAACCACGAUAUUCGCACGCCUCGAUCCGAUCCUACUAUCUAUCUAACCACAAUAUUGUCAAGCAGCCAAUAUCCAAAAUCACACAUGCACUACACACGCUCUAUCGCGCACGCAUCUACCUGCAAUGAAUUAUUAUGUAUACUCUUUGGAAGAAAGAAAAAAUAUAUAUCUAACCAAUAAAGAGAAGAAAAAAAAUAAAUCAAAUAGAAUAAAAAU